CAAAUCUGGAGGUCUUAUGAGAGAUCAACCUGCAGCGCCGAGCCAGGAUGGCGAGAAAAGAAGCGACGAUGGCUGUUAUGUAUUCUUUUACAUGUCUGGUGUUGUUAACGGGUCUCGCAGCAGAUGAGUUGCUUCCACCAAAGCCUGAGAAACUCUUCAGCAGGCCUCUGCAAAAGGAACAAGAGGUCAAUCAGCACCUCAACACAUCAGCCCUAAACACAGCCUUGGCCUUUGAACUUUACCGCGACAUGGCAACCAGAACCGCCGCUGAGCCUGAAGUCCAGCGACAGCCCAACAUCUUGUUCUCGCCUCUGGGCUUGGCGUCAGCUCUGGCCCUGCUGUCCCGAGUGUCUGGGUCCGAGAGUCGGCACCAGGCCCUGGAGGCCCUGGGGCUGGCAGCCAACUCUACAGAGGAGAGCGUUGAGGCCACCAUAUCAGCUCUUACUGAUCUGCAACGUAGCUUCACUGAACAGGAGGGAGGGGGUGGAGGCGGGGUCCAAAGGGCAGAGUCUGAGGCUGGACCUGGAACAGAAGAUGAGAUUGGUGCCACGCCAGGGGUGGAAAAUGGAGGGGCGGAUGCUGGAAGCAGAGCUGAUGUAGAUGAUGGGCCAGAGGGUAGGAAUGGAACUGAGGAUGGGGUUCAUCCUGAGGGUCAGCUGAGAGUGUGGAGCAGCCUACAUAUUGAUGGAAAACCCUCACUAGACUAUGACAGCUUUUUGUCCAGGCCUCAGCACACUGAACCCUCCACCCUCAACAUCAGCUUUGACACACUGAUCAAAGACUUGGAAGCCUCUGACAAACUUGAACUUAACAAUUAUGUGUAUUUCAAAGGUCGUCAGCCGUUCGAGCGGCGCCACACAGUGCCACGGAGCUUCCAGCUGAAUGCCACGACCAGCGUGGAGGUUGCCAUGAUGUUCAGGGAUGACUCCUCUGAGGUGAUGAUGCUGUAUGACACCAACUGCUCAGCCACGGUGGUGCAGCUGGCUUACACAGAGCGGCUGGCCUCACUGCUCCUGCUCCCCAAAGCCGAGUUGCAGCCUCUGGAGGACUGCCUCUCUGCCAGCCGCAUGAGCUUCUGGCUUAGCAACCUGAAGCCAGGGCGGGCAGAAAUCCGUUUCCCAAAGUUCCAACUAAGGAAAUCCUACAGUUUAGAAAGCCUCCUGAGGAACUCCGGCGUAUCGUCUGUUUUCUCAGACUCAGCCGACUUCUCAGGAAUAUCGCAGAAGACACUGAAACUCAUCAAGGCUCCCCAUGAGGUUAUGCUGGAGGUGGAAGAGACCAAGUCAGAAGAUGGGGGGAGACCUGACAUCACACUGGACUUCUUUGUCCCCCCGAGAAUUACUUUUAACAGACCAUUCAUGCUCAUAAUCUAUGAUGACCUCACAGGGCUCGUCCUGCUCAUAGGGAGAAUUAUCAAUCCUACAGAUGUCUAGACUGGAGUCAACAUCACAGUCUCCUUUAGUGCUUUUUUUCUUUUGCUAUUGAUUUUAUACUGAAUUCACUUACAUUACCAGCCCAGUCUCCAGGAGAAAAAAGUUGGCAUUGUACAUUUCUGUUAACCAUGAAUAUGUUACCUUUGUAAGUUUAAUACAUGUCAUAUCAGUGUUUCUGAAGUGAUGUAGUAUAUCAGCCGUCUUUGUCAUCUAGAGGUGGAGGAGAUAGUGGAUGGUAAGACACCUGCCAAGCUGCAGACCACUGUUUGAGACCAACAAACUACAAAACUGGUUGUUUUUUAGCAAGUCGUUGAUGUGUUUCUGCUGAGGAUAGUGCCACUAAAAACGAUUGUUUUUAUCACACUUCCCUGCAUUUACAGCCAGGAUAGUACCACAGAAAAAGUUUUUUUUUCUUUUUUUUAAGUGAGACAUUGCUGCAUUUCUAGAGGCAUUUUUGGCAAUCAAAUGUGGAUGUUUUGUCGUGAGUCUUCGCUACAUUUCCAGCCAGGAGAGUGUGAAGAAAAGUGAUUGUUUUUACAAAGACAUGCUGUGUUUCCAGGCAGGAUAGUGCUACAGAAAACUUUUUUUUUCUAUCACUGAGACUUUGCUGUAAUCCUAGUGGAUUUUUAGCUACUAAACGUGGAUGUUUUCUAACAAGUUUUUGCCACAUUCCCAGUCAGGAAAGCCCCAUGAAAACCGGAUGUUUUUCAUCAAUACAAUUCUGAGCUCCCACCUGGGAUAGUGCCACAAAAAGCUUUUUACAGAGACACUGCUGCAUUUGUAAUGGCUUUCUAGCCACCAAACAGGGGUGUUUUGUAGUGAGCCGCCGCUGCAUUUCCAGCAAGGAUAGUGCCAAAAACGGGGGUUGCUUCUCACCAAGACAUCGCUUGUUUCCAGCUGGGAUAGUGCCACAGAAAACUUUUUUGUUCUUUUUUUUUUAACUGAGAUAUCACUGCAUUUCUAGCGGCUUUUUAGCCACCACAGGUGGAUAUUCUGUAGUGAGCCUUCACUGCAUUUCCAGCAAGGAUAGUAGCGAGAAAAGCAGUCGCUUUUUACAGAGACAUUAAAGGGAUAG